AUGGCUCAACGAAAUACUUUAAAAAAUGAUAGUCAAAACCCUCAAAAUACCCCAUAUUAUGAGCCAAGUUUCUCACAGCGUGAAAAAACUAGUGAUGGUGAAGGUGCGUUUAAGGGUCGUGGUUUGAAAACCGAAAUUCACUCAGCACUUAAGUCUUCGAACUUUAACUUGAUACGAAGAAAUUAUCAAACUGGCGAUAAUCCGUAUCUUAGUGACCUACGCGGCUCAAAUCAAUCUAAUACACUCAAUAGGCGUUAUGAGCGAGGCCUGAAGUUUUAUAGAAAGGGAGAAAUCAGCAAAAGAAUUGCCCAAGAGCGAGAACUACAAAGGCUUCAGGAAGAGAAAGAAUCUGAAAUAAAAUCAAAAUGGGAAGAAGAGGAAAGAGAAGAAGAAAAACUAAUACAAUCAGGUGAUUUACCUAACUUGGAGUUACGUGAGGAUAGAUUCUUGCUGGAUUUGUCAAAAUUUGAAAAUUACUAUAAAACUAACCAUGGCCAUGAAUGGUGGGAUAUAGUUUAUUUGAAUGAAAACAAUGAGAUAAUGGAAAAAUAUACCAUGAAAAGCACAUCGCCCGACGAAGAAGAGGUAGCAAGUGGUAUUGGUGACGAUGAAGAUGAUGAUGACGAUGUGCAUCCCUCUAUCAGAUAUGUAGCCCAUCCUUUACCUGAAAAAAUUAAUGAGGCAAAGGUAUCGAUUAAAGCAUAUCUGACGCAGCAUGAAAGAAAGAAAAUAAGGAGAAAUAGAAGAAGAAUGAUUAGAGAAGCGCGAGAGGUGAAGAUUAAAUUGGGGCUAUUACCCAAGCCAGGACCAAAAGUUAAACUAAGCAAUAUGAUGAGUGUCUACGAGAAUGACCAAAAUAUAACGGAUCCAACUGCUUGGGAAAAAGAAGUGAAAGAACAAGUAAAUAUAAGGAAGAGAAAACACCUGGAAGAUAAUGAAAAAAGGCACGAAGAAGCUAUAAAGAGAAGAAAAGAAACACAGAAUGUAAAAGCCGAAAAACCGUCGCUAUACUAUUGUAAAGUAUUCCAGUUCAAAAACUUACAGAACCCUAAGAUACGAUUUAAGUUAAAGAUGAAUAGUAAAGAGUUAUUCUUGAAGGGUUUGUGUCUUCGCAUACGUGAUGACGGGCCAGGAAUAAUCAUAGUUGUAGGUGACGAAAAGGCAUGCAAGUUUUAUGAAAAUUUGGUGAUGAGAAGGAUAAAGUGGAAUGAAGACUUCGAACUACAUACAAGCAAUGAAGAUGUGAAAAUGAAUAUGCAUGACAAUUCAGUUACAAAAACAUGGGAAGGUUAUUUAAAAGAUUGUAAAUUCAAAGGCUGGUUUAUGAAAGUAUGUGAUGAUCAAGACUCUUUACUACGUACGUUGGGUCAGUUUGACUCGGAACAUUUUUAUUCACCAGUUCAAACAUGA